AUGGCGACUAGUAUGCGGGGGCUCACGCAGUUUAUUGCGGAUAUCCGUGGAGCCAGAGUUAAGGAGCUAGAGGAGAAGAGGAUCAACAAGGAAAUGGCUAACAUCCGCAAGAAGUUCAAAGACGGAAAUUUGGACGGAUAUCAAAAGAAAAAAUAUGUCGCCAAAAUCAUCUUUACAUAUAUUCUGGGUUACAAAGUCGAUGUUGGGCAUAUGGAGGCCGUCAACCUCAUUUCGAGCUCCAAGUAUAGCGAGAAGCAGAUUGGUUAUCUUGCGGUCACUCUGCUCAUGCACGAGAACUCGGAUUUUCUACGCCUGGUGGUCAAUUCAAUACGAAAGGAUCUUGAUUCCAAUAAUGAAGUCGAUAAUUGUCUUGCUCUUCACGCUAUUGCGAAUGUGGGAGGGAGUGAAAUGGCAGAGGCGCUUGUUGAAGACGUUCAUCGCUUACUGAUUUCCCCAACGUCACAGAGCUUUGUCAAGAAGAAGGCAGCCUUAACACUUCUCAGGUUAUAUCGCAAGCAUCCAGAGGUUAUCCCUGCACCCGAGUGGGCUCUUAGGAUCGUAUCAAUCAUGGACGACAACGACUUGGGUGUUGUAAUUUGUGUUACGAGUUUGGUCAUGGCAUUGGCACAGGAGAACCUAGAUGCUUUCGCAGUCUGCUACACGAAAGCCGUGGACCGAUUACAGCGCCUUGUCAUUGAGCAUGAGUACUCUGCAACCUACGCAUAUUACAAGGUUCCUUCGCCUUGGCUACAAGUCAAGCUUCUUCGAUUAUUACAAUAUUACCCCCCUUCGGAGGACCCAACUUUACGAUCAAUUCUUCAUCAAGUACUCCAGGCCAUUAUGAACAAUUGUGCAGAACCCACACGCAAUGUCCAACACAAUAAUGCUCAGCAUGCUGUCUUGUUCGAGGCAAUCAGUCUUGCGAUUCACUUGGACACUAACUCCCCUCUUGUUGGCACCGCUGCCGUCUUAUUGGCCCGUUUUAUCUCUUCUAAAGAGACCAACGUCCGAUAUUUGGGCUUGGACACUAUGGCGCAUUUGGCUGCGAGAGCGGAGUCGUUGGAACCCAUCAAGAAACAUCAAAAUACAAUUAUCUUAUCUCUUCGCGAUAAAGACAUCUCUGUCAGACGUCGUGCAUUGGACCUCCUUUAUAGCAUGUGUGAUGUGGACAAUUCGGAGCUUAUCGUCGGAGAACUGCUCAGAUAUCUUCGGGUUGCUGAUUAUGCACUCAGGGAAGAAAUGGUGCUGAAAAUCGCCAUACUCACUGAAAAAUAUGCCAACUCGUACAAGUGGUAUGUAGACAUGAUCUUACAACUCAUCAGCACUGCGGGAGAACACGUUGGGGACGAAGUCUGGUAUCGGGUCGUUCAGAUAGUCACGAAUACCGAAGAUUUACAAGAGUAUGCGGCCAAGGUUAUUUUUGAGCAUCUGAAAGCUCCAUCGACGCACGAGAGUCUUGUGAAAGUGGGAGGCUACAUCCUCGGAGAAUACGGCCACUUGAUAGCAAAUGACCCAGGAUAUAGUCCAAUCGAACAAUUUCAACUGCUGCAUUCUAAAUCACAAUUUUGCGUUGCGGCUACUCGCGCCCUGCUCCUCUCCACGUAUAUCAAAUGGGUCAAUGUCUUUCCUGAAAUCAAGCCACAAUUACUGAACAUCUUCGACCGUUAUCGGCACGUACUAGACGCCGAACUACAGCAACGUGCAUGCGAAUUUUUUGCUCUGGCUUCGCGGCCAGAUGAUGACGAAUUUCUUCAGAACAUCUGCGAGGAGAUGCCUCCGUUCCCACCUCGAGUUAGCGCUUUGCUUGGCAGCCUUAACCGCAGACACGCUGACACAACAGGCGACAAACGAACUUGGGUACACGGUGGCAAGGAGGCGAACGUGGACAGGGAAAUCACGAAGCGCAAGACCCUGAUGGUUGACGUCUCCGCCAAUGAUAACACUGUCGCCGGUCCAACGACAGCAAAUGACGACAUCAUGACUUCCUUAGCAGGUCUUACUAUAGCCUCUUCGCCGAAUCUACCGUCUGCUCUCCCUCUUCUUAAUUCCCGCUCAAAUUCUGAAAAGGCGCCUCGAGUCACAUCUGGCCCGAACAUAGAACGCUGGUUUGACAAACUGACGUACUCGGCCGAGGGUGUCCUCUAUGAAGAUGUUCAAAUUCAAGUUGGCGUCAAGUCUCGUUAUCAAGGCCACAUAGGACAAUUAGCCAUAUACCUGGGCAACAAAGUGGAUGCACCCCUUACCUCUUUCACUGCAGCGCUUCAUGUCGACGACCCAGAUGCUCUUUCUGUUUCGUUUGCAAAGAUACCCCCAAGCACCAUCAGCGCACGUAAUCAAUCCCAGCAGCUUCUUCAUGUAGAAUGCAAGAAGAUGUUCAAUUCCCCACCUAUCCUAACUGUCUCAUACCUGGCAGGCUCCCAUCAGGCUAUUUCUAUCCGCCUUCCCAUCGUUCUUACAAAAUUCUUUGAACACGUUAAACUCGGACCAACAGAUUUUUUCGAGCGAUGGAAACUCAUAGGUGGCGAACGGGAAUCCCAAGCUAUAUUUCCCAUAGGUGUCAAUGCAACUGGUCAACUCGACUUGGCAAAACACCGACAAGUUGUCUCGGGUCACCGGUUGAAUAUAUUGGAAGACAUAGACCCGAAUCCAAACAACCUCGUGGCGGCGGGGGUACUCCAUAUGUCACUUGAAGGCAAAGUCGGGUGUCUAGUGAGGUUAGAACCCAAUAGCGAAGCAAAGCUCUGCAGGUUAACUGUGAGGAGCACCUCAGAGGAAGUCGCUGCUGCAGUACAGAAAUUGAUACAGAAACCACUACUAGCAACACAGCCUCAUGAAUAA